AUGCCCCUAUCCGAUGGGAUUCCCUCGUCUCCUCCCGGCCCAGGGUCUUCCUUGGAGGAUUCCCUGAAAUACUAUAAGGCGCAGUAUGAACUGCUAGAAGCCGAACUGGAAGAAUUCCAAACUUCCAGCAAAGAACUCGAAGCUGAGUUGGAGAAAGACAUUGAUGCGUCAGAAAAACGCGAGCGACAAUUGAAGGAGAAGGCCAGCAACCUACAAUACGAAGUGGACGAAUGGAAAGCCAAAUACAAGCAAUCCAAAACCGAAGCCUCCAAUGCUCAGAAUGCGCUACAGAAAGAGAUUACCGAAUUGCGGGACGCCAACCGCAACCUGCAGAUGCGCCUGCGCGACAUCGAAGUUGCCAAUGACGACUUUGAGAGAAAGCAACGAAACACGGAGUCGUCGCUAGAAGACAUGGAAGCCAAAUACAACCAGACAAUCGAGCGAAGCGUACUGCUCGAAGAUGAGUUGCGGUCAAGUGAGCAAGACCGAGAAGGGCUGCGUAUUGAAGCGCAGCGACUGCGAGAUGAGCUCUCUGAUCUCAAGAUCGAGGCCGACAUCACAAAAGAGAAGUUAAGAAAAGCAGAGGCCACCGCUCGAAAACGCUUGACCCUACAUCCUAUCCACAUCACCAGCUCGUCUCCGCGAUCAGAACUCUCCCCUACCACGACCAAUGCUUCCUCUCCGACAUUUGACACCCCUCCAGCAAAGACUGCGUCUUCCUCCGGUCUCUCAGACACGCCCACACCCCCGUCCCCUCCUAUAUCAGACAAUUCGAGCAACGUCUCCAAACCAUUCGCAACACCCGGGAUUCCCAAACGAUCUUCGCUGGCCGGUGCGACCGCCAUCCAGAGGCCACCGUCUUCCAUUUCCAAUUCCAGACCGAAUGGCCAUGUGCGAGGACCGUCGGUUUUGUCUCGAACUGGACCUUCUGCUUCGUUCCGCCAAAGCUUGUCCAAGAAUAGCGCUCUGCCUCAAAGAUCGUCUGGACUACCUCAGUCUGCGUCUCUGGUCCACAUUAGGAACCUGCGGGGCAAGAUGCAAAAACUCGAAGAGCGAGUGCACAAUGCAAGGUCUAAGCUUCCUGCCCCUGUAAAUACCCCGCCCAAAAUGUCCCCCAGGUCGGGAUCGGCGCUGGGCAACCACAUUCCCUCGUCGGUGACGGUGCGAACACGUAAACGGACUGGUGGCAGCACCAUCAGUGGCGCCGACUCGUUACCUGACAAGGCUCAAGAAUCUCCGUUGAAGGCAAGAGCCAGGCCGAGCACGUCAUCUCUGAGUUUCCAACAACCGCCAUCUCCCACGAGGGGUGAUAUGGCUGCGCCGCCGCCUCUACGGCCGUCAUCACGAACAAGUGGCAUAUCAGGCCGAUCGUCCUUCGUUCCAAGUCACAGCCGACCGGGCAGCCGGGCCAGUGUUUCGGGAUUCCGAGCACCUCUUGGAAGCGGUGUCGGGUCAAAUUAUGCUCCGAACGCAUCGACGGAUAGAAUUCGGCCGAAGAGCAGCCUCAGCAGCUAUGGUUAUGAUGGCACAUUGGACGAAGAUGACAGUGAGAUGGCAUUGGGUGAUGUGAAGGAUGCAGCUACCCCGACACCGCGGCGGACGACGUUUGCGAAACGAAGCAGUGACAUUGGGACUAGUAUACCUAGUCCAAGCAAACGGACGAGCUUCGGAAGUGCUGCAACAACAAAAUUGCCUGGGUUGGGUAGGCGGCCUAGUGCUAGUUUUGUACGGGUGGCCAGCGGGCCUGGACCCGGAUCUGGAGAUAUGAGACCUCCAUCUCGCCAGUUGGAUCAUGUUCAGGAAGGUUACGACGUGAAUGAAUCUUAUUGA